CAUCAGCCCUAUCACAGGAGUUGUUCAACAUAUUCUUCGUGGUCAGCAGCUGGAGGUCCCGUGUUGAGUUAUUGUUCCACUGAUCCACGCAUCACUGUCUCUGCGCACCUUCAGGACGAAGCCACAUUCAAACCGCAGAGCUCCGGGAGCUGCUGCCCGAGCGCCGAUGCCCGCUGUCCGUCACUCGGAGCUCCAGCACCGCGGCCGGUUGGACAGCGACCACGCAGCGUCCUCAGCAUCACCGCGGCUCCGCCAAUCACAGCGCAGCUCGCGGGCAGAUUAACCCACACAGCCCCGGCGCUGCCGUGUAGUAGCAGCGUCAGAAACCAGCUCGCACGUCUGAUCCUCGUGGACCCAGUCUGGGCAGAUGGAGAGGAGCUGCUGCUGCUGCUGCUGCUGCUGCUGCCUUGGUUCACGCAAGAUGUCAAGAACCGUGAAAUUCCGGAUCGCCUCUUUUACAUUCUAGUGUCUAAAGGCUGGAGUCAGCAGGGAGAUGGAUGCUUGCUCGACAAUAGGGGAAAGCACGGAUGCGAUAGUGAUGGAUGAUUCUCCAACAGAUGAGAGGGACAUCCAGGAGGCUUGUCAAAGUGCGAUACCGGCGGUUUCUCUGUGCCCUCCUGACAGCCUGUGCUCUGUCGAGGCCCCACUGACAAUCAUCCAGUCUGAGGGGGAGCUGUGUGACAGCUGCAGCAGCCUCGGCAGACCCUCUUCCUCCUGCCAGCUAUAUCAAGUCCCACAGGGUCUUCCAUCCGGCGCCUAUGACUCACCGCAGCCCCCAAAAUGCCCCAACUGCAGCCAUCACGGGCCAAUCAAGCCAAACACUUGCCACGACUGUCAUUCAAACAGGACAUGUCCCCGGGCGGAAGGAGGUGUAGUGGUGAGAGUGGGACACAGCUGUAGUUCUGCUCAUCAGAUGUCACGUCAGGGCGCGGCGAGAUGCCACUGGCUGCACGGGUCAAACGAGAGCGGGACACCGAAGCCAACGCAGCGACACAUGGUGACAGUCAGGGAAGGAGGACUCGACUGCAUCCUUAGAAAUUAUUCCCAGGUGAUAGUGGACUACCCGUUAGCAGUGUUGUUGGGUUGUGCUGUGCUGAUGCUCGGAUGCUCACUAGCCGGACUCUUCAUUGGUCCACUGCCCGACUUCUCCGACCCUCUGCAGGGUUUUGAGCCACGGGGAACAUACAUCGGAGUUCGCCAGUCCAGCUUGUCCAAGCUGCAGGAGAACACUGGCCCGGGGAAAACUCUGUCUCCUCUACCGCAGCAGCUCAGUAAAAGUUUUGGGGCGGCCGUUGACGGAGAGAGCAGCAGUGGGCAAGACGCCUCCAGACUUCGCUUCAAGAGGAUGUUAGCCAGAGACUCAUCCUCAGACACUUUCCUCUGCGAUGCUCCAGGCGAGCGCUUGGCCCAGCUGGUGUUCCGGUCAGAAAACUCAGCCAGUCUCUGGAGUCUGAAGGCCAUCCACGCCAUGUGUGAGAUGGAGCAAUACAGGAUUCGCUCCCAGGCUCAGUUCCAAGACCUGUGCCAGCAGCAUGCGAGGGUGGAGGCGGAGGGAACAUCCAGAAGCGGCUGUUGUCCGAGCUGGUCUCUGGGGAAUUACUUGGCAGUCCUCAACAAUGCCUCCUGCUGCCUCAGCCUCACCUCACACCAGGUUUCAGAGUCUCUGAACCUCCUUCGGAAGUGUGCUCUGUACUAUCACGAAGGACAUCUGGUGGAGGCCUGUGUCGACAGACCUGAACAUGGCGGCUGCUCCUCCGUCCCGUCCCGCUGCAAGCAGUCCCGCAUGGUGUUCCAGAUCCUGCACUUUCUGGUCGAUAAAGACUUCCUGGGCCCGCAGACUGUUGAAUACCAAAUCCCAACACUAAAGUACAGCCUUCUGUUCUUACCCGUCGACAAAGGGGAGCACAUGAUGGAGAUCUACAUGAACAGUCUUGAAGGCAGGGAUCUGACCUACAAUAACACGACCAUCACUGGCAUGGACUUUGGCAUCAAGCAGACACUGUUCAAGCAUUACCUUGCAAGAGAUUCAGUAUAUCCAGUCCUGGCUGUUGUGUGUCUUCUUUUUACCAUGGCUCUAUAUCUCCACUCUGUCUUCAUAGUUGCAUUAUCUGUGAUAGCAGUCACAGGCUCCCUCCUGACCUCUUAUUUCUUCUACAAAGUGGCAUUCCGCCUGACUUUCUUCCCCCUGGUCAACCUCUCUGCAGCUCUGAUUCUCUUGGGAAGUUGCUCCAAUCAGGUUUUCAUCUUUGCUGAUUUCUGGAAUCAGCAGCUGUCGCAGAACCCCCCGGCUUCCCUGGAGAAGAGAGUGCACAGAGCUUUGCAGGAAGUCGGCUAUUUGAUUUUAGCAUCCGGGCUGACCUCCAGCGCAGCAUUUUUCUCUGGCUAUCUCAGCAGCAUCACAGCAAUCAGAUGUUUCUCUGUUUAUCUCGGGACUGCCUCUUUCGUCAGCUCAAUCCUGGCGCUUGUGUGGCUGCCGUGCUCUUUUGUUUUGCGGGAGCGCUACACAGAGGCGUCCUCUGCAUCUCUAGCAGUGCAGGGAUGGAAACCAUGCUGCUCCAAAAACACCGGCGGCUUCUGGGAAACGAGCUCACGGAAGAGAUGCCUCUUCUCUCUCGGGCAAAGGCUGAGAAAAUUAAGACGAGGGCUCACGGACACUUCAAAUUUGCUAUUUCUGAAAAUAUUACCAUGUGGAGUGGUAAAGUUUAGGUACAUCUGGGUGUGCUGGUUUGCAGUGCUUGCUGCUGGGGGCACGUACAUGUCCUGCAUCGACCCAGGUAUGAAGCUGCCCACCUUAGAAAGCAAAGUCAUCAAGCUUUUCCGCUCCAAUCACCCGUUUGAGAGAUAUGACGCAGAGUAUCGCCACAUGUUUAUGUUUGAGAGACAGAGAAACGGAGAGGAUACGCCUGUAACAUUAAUGCUUGUUUGGGGAGUCAAACCAACAGAUAAUGGAGAUCACUUUGACCCUAAGAGCAACGGCUCUUUGGUGCUUGACCCAGACUUCAACAUGAGCCGACCAGAUGCUCAGAUCUGGUUAAGGGACCUGUGUGGAAGGGUCCAGAACCAAAGCUUUUAUUCCCCUCCAUCACCUGAGGAUAGCAAUAUUAUGACGGACAAUAUCUGCCUUGUGGAGCAGCUGAUACACUGGGUCUCCAUCAGACGGUGCUCAGAGAGUGACGACGCCCUUCACUUCUGCUGUAAUAACAUCCCAUUCCCUUACACCCCUGGCGUUUUUGAGAACUGCCUUAGUAUGAUGCUGGCAGAGAGGUAUGCUGAGGGCCAUCUGGCCCACAGCGGAGGCCUGUACUUCCAGACAGAUGGCAGGGUUGCUGCCCUCGUGUUGGCAUUCAAAACCACAUACCUCUACAGCUUCAACUAUAGCACGACCAGUGCUUUUUACAGAGAGAUCCUGACAUGGUUCAACAGAGAAAUAUCAGGAGCACCACAAGGGCUGGAGAAUGUCUGGUUCAUCAGUCAGCUGUCUCUUUUUGAUCUACAACAGUCCUUGAGCUCAGAGACUCUGGUAGUAGCUGGCUUCUCAGUAGCUCUCACUUUUAUUAUGCUCUUUCUAACCACCUGGAAUAUCCCACUGAGCAUAUACGGGACUGUAGCUGUAGGAGGCAGUGUGUUUGUCACAGUAGGCCUGCUGGUUCUUCUUGAAUGGCAGCUGAGCGGCAUCGAGGCUCUGUUCAUAUCAUCAGCGGCAGGACUGUCUGUUGAUUUUAUAGCAGACUAUUGCAUAUCAUACAGCUUGGCUCCACAUUCAGACAAAAUUGGUAGAGUGGCACACUCCACCAAACGGAUGGGACGCCCUGUAGCGAUAGUUUCUGGUACAUUUUUCUCCAUGGGGAUCAUUAUGUUACCUGCCACAGCCUUGCUGUUCAGAAAACUGGGCAUUUUCCUGUUUUUGGUGAAAUGUGUAGCAUGUGGAUUUGCAACUUUCUUCCUUCAGUCCCUGUGCUGCUUCUUUGGACCCAAGAAAAACUGUGGAAAGAUCGCGCUGCCAUGUUUUUCAGAUCAGCCUGAUGGUGUGCUGCCCUCUUGCUCAGCAGCAGACCCUGGUUCCUCCUCGGCUGCUAACGGGGCCUUUGGCAGAUCCAGAGUGAGGAGGAGUUAUGACAAAGAAGCAGGUGGCUAUCUUUACCCCAACCACCAACGUCAGCACAGGCAGAAACAGACUGGAGGAGGUGGAAGAGGUCCUGAGCAGUACGAGCUGCAGCCGCUGGCUUAUCGGCUGAGCGACAGCUUUGAAAACAGCACCUGCACCAGUAAACUGUCCAACCGGCCCUCUGUGCUCUCAGAUGAGAUUGAAUAUUGUGGGAGAGACAUGGGAAGAAAUAGCAUGGAUGUGGAGAAUGACGAGAUGUGCAGUCAUCAACCACCUCCAGCCCUCCAGACUUCCUCUCCUUACAAAGAAAACACCCUGCGGCCUGUAGGGCCAGCACAAGAGGACCUCACUAAGGACAAGCUGCUGUGUAAGACAUGCAGAGGUCAGUCUGGUGGGGUGACACACUGGACCAAUACAUCCUUCUCCUCAUCGUCAAGCCUACAGGAGACUAUAAUCAGCCACACACUGGAGACCACUGACCAGCCAUCUCUCUGCAAAGACGGACAAACCUCAGAGGAGUAUCUCCACCACCGCUCCCACAAAGGGCACCUCUCCUCCCAGUCCCAGAGCUCCUGCGAGGGACUGGAGGAUUCCUGUGAAACGUGCCUCAGCGACAUCGAGCCUGGGCCUUCAAACACGCAGCAACACGAAGGGGAAGGAGAGGCUCCGUUACAACCAGGAUACCUAAACGGGAGGAGAGACACGCUUCGUCUCUCACUGAAAGAAACUGUUUACAAGACUUGUAAUAAGGGCCGUACGAGUCAGAGUGAAGAAGCGGUUAUCUUACCCAACAGCAAGCCAGACUUACCAGAUGUUUGGAUAAAGAGAGAUGGACAACGGGAGGAUACCUGUUGAGCAAAUAUGGAGGCAUCCUUGCAAACACUGUGUUUUAAAUGCUCUGAAUUUAUAAAGGGAGGAACAUACGAGCAUAAGAAAUGGAGCAUUGUUACUUUUGUAUGACACUCGAAGGAAGUAUAAGCCAAGUUUGUGUUACAAAUGAGGUCAAAGUAUGAGGGUCAAAUCAAAGCAUGAGUUUUUGGAAAGGCAUAAGAUCUUUUGUGCAUCAGUUUUACACCAAUAUCAAUCUUGCAGAAAAAACAACAACAUUAAGUACUGCACCUGCUGCUGCAGAAUUUACUUUGUGCCUGGAACUUUUUAACAUCUGCAUCUGUACUGGUUCCAGCUGAUGGCCUUUUCCCAUGCUGGAAUUGACCUAAAUGAGCCUAUACAUUCAUGGAUUUAACAAUAUCAAAAAGGUUAAUGUGAGAUAUACAGAGAAAGAGCUGCGUUACCAGUGCAUACUAUAUAUUUGCAAGAAUUGAUCGUUAUCACAUCUAAAGUAGCAAACAAUUGUCACUUAAUUACAGUCAGUUACUUUUGCACAUUGUGACAAUAAUAUGUACAGAUCAUCCUUGGUUACCAUGCCUGGGAAAAUCAGAAACCUGUCCUUUGUGGUGUCAUGUUUGCAUUUAAUGUUACACUGUCUUGAAGAGUCAUGCUGUUUGUUCCAAUGUCUGUGCCAAAAAAAAGUUUUUUUAGUUAACUGAUUCUAAAAAGGCAACAAUAGUUUCUAAUAGGGAUAUAAUACUAUAUUGUGGUUUUAUAUGGAUUAAGGUGUAUACAUUUUUGUUUAUUUAGCCUUUGUAAAGAAGCAGCGGUGGGCCUUGGGCAGCACUGUUAAGGGACGUUUAUCAAUUAAAACAGAAUGCCUUUAUCUGCAUCCCAUAGCUGAGAGGUCACAUCACGCGAGUCUCAAUGCCAUUGAAAUAACAGUAUUUAUGACAUGAACAGCAUGAGGAAAUUGUCUAUCAACAAGUUGUUUUAGAAGCUGAAGCCGCUAAAAAUAUAUGUGAUAUGUGCAAAGGGUGUGUCUUAAAAAAAAUUGUCUAUUGUACUAAAUAUGAUGUUAAUUAUAAAACAAAGAGGUGCUGGAGGUGUAGUGUUGUUCCUGGAGCUUUGACAAGAAAAUAUUUAUAUGAAAUGUGCCUGUGAGCUUUUGACAUCUCAUGAUGACAAUUCUUUCAGUGAGCCUUCACUUUGACACCACUCGGCAGAAUAAUCUGCCUUUGAGACAAAUGAUGUCAAUCACAGAGGAAAUUAGAAAAACGUUACCACCACUGUUACUUACAGCUGUUUAUGAUGUUCAUUUUUCACAAAGCUAGAAUAAAAUUAAAAACAUGUUUUUUCCUGCA